ACAGAAAGUGUUGUUGUGAGCGCAGCUGCUUUGUGUGCACGAGCCUCCGGAUGGAGCGCGUCCAUCAGGCCGCUGCAGUCACUUUGGUGCUGCUCCUCCAGAACUCCCAUCUCCUCUCCGCUGCUAUUGGACGGAGGACUUCAUGCGGCUCUGUUUUCUGACUCCUCAUUGGAACAGCACUUUUGACAUGAAGGAAGGACGUCCAGCCCCUCGCGCCAGACAGAAAGGGGGAAAAAAACUCCCCCAGAAGUGAGUAUCAAUCAGACACAAGUUCGGGGGACAGAAAAGGCAAAAGGAGAAGAGGCUUUGACGCGGGGCGUAAAGCGGCAGACGGCAUCCACAGCGUUCCCCGUCAGGACUCGAUCCCUGCAGGAUGACACAGACACAACUUUGACUCCUCGUUUUUUAGUCACUUUGGAUUAUUUCUGGGCAUUUGGCGAGUUGGCGCCCCGCUGUAAACACUGACGUGUGCGCCUUUUACUGCUGUGCUUCGCUGCGUCGGACGAACGGAGAGGCUUUUUCUUGCCCCCAUCGGGUGGAUUUGAGAGAGAUGAGUGAGAGGAGGCGAUCUGCCGCAGCUCUGAGCUCGAGAGCCCACGCGUUUUCCGUAGAAGCCCUGAUCGGCUCCAACAAGAAGAGGAAGCUCCGGGGCUGGGAGGAGAAGGAGCUGGAGCUGUCCAUGGAGAGCCUGGCCACGGACGGAGAGGACGCGGCGCACUGUCUGGACAUGGACCCGGCAGACUCGGAGGCGAGUCCGGGCUCGGACGGAGAGGGUCUCGCCGAGAGGACGUCGUGCUCCUUCGGCUCACCCGCCGAUCUGGUCCCCGGCCCCUGUGACGCCUCUCCGCCUUUCUCCAUGGAGGAGAUCCAGGUGGAGCUGCAGUGCGCGGAUCUGUGGAAGCGCUUCCACGACAUCGGCACGGAGAUGAUCAUCACCAAAGCGGGCAGGAGGAUGUUUCCAGCCAUGCGGGUAAAGAUCGCAGGUCUCGACCCGCAUCAGCAGUACUACAUCGCCAUGGACAUCGUUCCCGUGGACAACAAGAGAUACAGGUAUGUGUACCACAGCUCCAAGUGGAUGGUGGCGGGAAACGCGGACUCCCCCGUGCCCCCGCGGGUCUACAUCCACCCGGACUCUCUGGCCUCAGGAGACACGUGGAUGAGGCAGGUGGUCAGCUUUGACAAGCUCAAGCUCACCAACAACGAGCUGGACGACCAGGGACACAUCAUCCUGCACUCCAUGCACAAGUACCAGCCUCGGGUCCACGUCAUCAGGAAGGACUUCAGCAGCGAACUGUCUCCAAACAAGCCGGUGCCGAGCGGAGAAGGAGUUAAGACCUUCAGCUUCCCGGAGACGGUCUUCACCACCGUCACUGCCUACCAGAACCAGCAGAUUACAAGACUAAAGAUCGACCGGAACCCGUUUGCCAAAGGAUUCCGGGACUCAGGCAGAAACAGGACCGGCCUGGAGGCCAUCAUGGAGACGUACGCCUUCUGGAGACCUCCAGUGAGGACCCUCACGUUUGAAGAUUUCACCAGCAUGCAGAAACAGCAAAGUGGCAGCACAGGCACGUCCCCCACCACUUCCAGCACAGGAACCCCUUCUCCUUCAGGUGCAGCACACCUCCUGUCCCCUUCCUGCUCUCCCCCAGCCUUCCACCUGGCUCCAAACACCUUCAAUGUGGGCUGCAGAGAAAAUCAACUGUGUAACCUGGGAUUGUCGGAGUACCCAGCUUGUGCGCGCAGCAACAUGGCGGCGCUGCAGGGAUACGGCGGCCUGGCUGACGGUUCCUAUGGACGCCUUCAAGCUGCGGGAGGCGGUGUGGCCUCCGCUCAGUCCUCUGAAUCCUUCCUUCCACAAAGGACUUCCUCCUUGAUUGCUGCUGGCAUGCAGGGCGGCACUCACCCCUCCCUGACCGGCAGUGGCACCAGUGGAAGCACCGGUGGCAAAAUGGAUGCCUAUAGCAGUCAGCUGAGCUCUUUCCCAACCUCUCAGCUUCAGUAUGUCAUGCAGGCAGGGGGCAGCUCCGGCUCCUCUUCAUCUUCAUCUUCUGGAUCGUCCUCUUCUUCCGCCCACAUGUUUGGUGGAAGCCACCACCAUGUUCAGCAGGGCUCUUACAACGCUUUCUCCCUCCACAACCCUUACAACCUGUAUGGUUACAACUUCCCCACCUCUCCUCGCCUGGCUGCCAGCCCAGAAAAGCCCCAGGGGGGGCUGCUUUGCUCCUCCUCUCCUGCAGGAGCUUUUGCUGAGCGCCAGUAUUUGUCCAAUGGAAACAUGGAUGCUAUGCACAUGAUUGGAAACACCCCCAGCAGUCAACAGGGCGGCAGCUCUUGUGAUGGUCGUCAGUAUAGCUCUUCUUCUCAAAUGUCCAUGCACAUGGUGUAGAAAGAAGUCCAAGGCUCGAGCUGCUUAAAGUCUUUAAGUUAAGAACACAUCUCCAGCAUCGAUGUGCUGAGAAACAAUCCAUCUGUAAGCAAACGGAACAGAGUUGUUAAACACCAAGCAAAAGCAACAACAUUUCCAGAAGGCAAAGACAGAACUCAGAUCAGCAACAGAACGGGAGAACGGAGGAGACGCACUCGGGUUUGGACGGGCUUUGAAGAUGUCAUGGUGCAAUAAUGGAAAGUGCUGAUUCAAGCCAAACGGUCUUCACUGUGAUUCACAUAUUUUCGCUUUACGCAGUACUUGGUUGAAAUACAUUGAAGGAUGUAUGAUUCCCUGCCACAGGUUUGGUUCCAUGUUCACCAAGGACACAAAGUACCAGAUCCUGAAGCACUGGGUCUUCUGCAGUCACUUUGCUGGGGGUAUUUUUUUUAAAAGCUCCAGCUGACAUGAACACUAAACAACCAAUAAAUGCCAUAGUCACAGGCACCCACAUGGAGGUUGAGCCGUACAGCUGCUGCGGGGGAUCGUGGAGGAUCUAAAGAGGAGCGAAGUUGUGCAGGUUUGUCUGGUAGUUCCCUUGUUGCUGGAGCGGCCUCCUUCAGGGACGCCAUUAAAGUGGAACGUGUAAUUGUUGCGUGUGUGAUAAAUGAGUCACGAAGUCUUUGUAAAGUUGAUACAGGUUAUGGCGUGCAGGUGAGGUGGUCGUACGGUUGUUAAGUAAGAUGCACAUACUGGCUCCUCCCUGCAUGCAGGUGAUACGUAAGGACAUUGAUAAGAUGCCCAGUGCCCACAAUAAAUAUGCUAUCUGGUCUAAUUUCCUCAUUUUAGACUGUGUGCACAGAGUACACUAGCGCUAACUGGCCCCUAUGCUUCCUUAACCUUACAUGUUGCUUAGGUUUUUGCAACCAUCUGCAGUAUGCCUGUAGGUAACAAAAUGUGCAUGAACGUUUUCGCCAUACGGGCUUAGCGAGUGGUCCACCAUCUCAAAAUUUUGUGCGGACGCCCCGCCCUGCCCACAUGCCCCGUACUGAUGUUUUGCCCGCAGACAGCUUGUAUCCACCUGUAAGGGCAGUUGUGACUAAGGCAUAAGACUGGACAAGACCUCCUCCGUCGGUUUUUCUUAUGGACUGGACUAGUUUCACUAUUUUUGAGUGAAUUACAAUUACUAUAACUUAAACAUAUAAAUAUAUAUAUAUAUUUUUGCCAGCCACUUUAUUGUGUAUACACCUACACGAGAUUACUACAUUGUACUAGUGCAAUCCACCACAGCAGUAUAUACAGACAACCAUUUAUGUACUCUUAAAAAGUUGAAAGAAAUUUAUUGAGACAAUCUUAGCCUAUUAGAAUAGACUGUUCUGGAUUGUUAUAGAUAAUGUGGCCAGUAAAAACACUCACACAUGUAUAUGGAUAUGCAUAUAUGUGUCAGAAUGAAACCAUAAGCUUAACGUUUGUUGUUGUGUGUAACAUUACAAAAUAAGCCAUUGCAAAAAUGUUUAAAGUAUGUUGUGGUGUGUAUUGCAGGUGUGUGUAUUUAAGAAAUGAACAAUGUAAAAUUUUACCACCUGGUCUGUCAUUAAAACUUGUGAAAAGAAAAAA